AUAGUCAUCGACGGUUCGACACACACGGACGCAGUGUGUGUGUGUGUGUGAGAGAGAGAGAGAGAGAGAGAUCACUGGGAGGGAAAGAACAGCUUGCGGCCAGUCGCGAUGGGUCCUUCCGCCGGCGGGCGCACGAUCUCCCAAGAAGCCUUCGAAGCGCUGGUGGCGGAGAACAUGGAGGACCUCGGUAUGGACCCCGAGGAAGCCCUUGAGGAUGCCCUCCAGACCCUCACUCUUCAGGGCGUCGACCUGUCUGGAAUUGUUAAGUGCAUCCCGGGCGUAAGCAGCACAAAGGAUAAUCCAGUCAUCCAGACACUAGAUAAGCUAAAAGAUGUAACAUCCUCUUUGGGAUCUUCUAAAUCAAACAUAACAAAUGAUCAAGAAAUGGCUGAGCUGCUUGACAAGUUAUAUGGUCUAUGCUCUGUUGAUGGAUCAGAUAAUGCAACGAUUGCAACAAGGAAUGGAGGAGUGGAGCUUCUUACAAGAAUAUGUUCUUCCCUUAAUGUUAAGAUUGAGGGACUUCUUGUAUCAGCUCUGAAAGCAUUGAGUUCCAUUCUUGUCGAUGUCCAAAGUAGAGAAACUUUUAGGCAAAAUGGAGGUCCAAAAGUUGUUGUUGGUAUACUGAAUGGAAGCAGUAAAAGUCCGGACAUAUUGGACAGUGCCUUUGCUGUUGUUGUGACAGCCUCAACCAAUGAUGAAAUUCUCAAGGAAUCAUUUAUGGAUUUGAAAAUAGAUGAGCUCAUUAUGCAAAUACUUAAAGAGUUGCCCAGAAGCAGCCUCUACAGCUUAUAUGAUGCUAUACGUGUUCUUUUAACACCAGAUGACAACCGUGUGUUGGCUUCUCAAGUCUUUGGAUAUGCUCGUAAGUUUGCAAAAGUUGGUAUUUCGGAUGCUCUCGUUCAAGCACUUGGUGAAGGACUAAGUUUAUCAAACUUAGCUGCAGCAUGUACUGCUUUAAAGGCUGUUGCUGUAAAUGAUGAAAUAUGCAAGUCUAUAUCAGAAAGUGGUGGCAUUGAUGCAACUCUGCGGUGUCUGGAUGAGAGCAGUCGGCAAAAUAACAAACUUAUAGCUAGAGCUUGCUGUUCUUUGUUGUCCAAGCUAGCGGGUAGUGAUGCAAAUAAAAGUGCGAUUGUUGAGAAGGGUGGUCUGGAUCGACUGAUGAAACUAUCGUCUAGAUUUUCUGAAGAUCCAUCAGUUUUACAGGAGGUCAUGUCUAUCAUAACUGUUCUUUCUCUGAGGUCCCCAGAAAAUGCUGCUGUUGCAGUUCAAGCAGGAGUUGCAGACCUUGUUCUACAAGCAAUGCAGAAGUUCCCCACUUCGAUUCAGAUGCAAAGACAAGCUUGCUUGAUGAUUCGCAAUCUUGUAGUUAGGAAUCCCGAGAACAGGACCAUUCUUCUCAGUAAUGGCAUCGAGAAGCUCAUAAGGAGAGCAAAGGAAAGCCAUGAGAGCUGCAAAGAUGCUGCAACUGCUGCACUGAGGGAUCUUGGUUUGGACGAUUACAACAAAUAGCGUAAAUCCUUUUGCGCCCCUUGCUCACCAUUGUUCUUGAAGUUUUGCCCUCUAAACUAAGCCAGUGUGCCUUAUGGUAUGCAUACAUGAACAUUGGUUUCCUGGCAUGCCAGGUUUUUAUCUGAAGGCCUUGCUAUCAUGGUAGGACUUUUUGUACCAUGUACUAGAGGUAUACUCACGUCUAUCAAUCAAUUUGAAACAUUAAGUUGUCUGGUUGAGAAGAUGUACUCUUGAGGAUUUGUCUGCUACGUUGUCAUAUGAUUGCAAAAUACAGUAUGUUGUUAGAUGAA